UGUUCCAGAAAAAAAUAUGGCAUCAAAAUACAAUGGAUUUUUGGUUUUUUUGAAUAAUUACAAAAAAAAACAAAUAGAUGAUGGAAAAAGACCUCCAAAUUUUAAAACUUUAAUCGAUAUUGUUAAACCAUUGUGGAAUGUAAGUAGUAAAAUAAAAUUGUUAUCUAAACAGUGAAUAGAAGUGACUAAAUUUAUUUUAAUGGUUUAUUAAAAUCAUAGAUAUUUGAAUAAACGGUUAAAAAUUAUACUCUGUCAGGUUUUGCAAUGAUGUUUAAUUUUAAUUUUUUUAUCUGUGGACAUUUUUCUAUAAGAAGUUUUGGUCCGAUUUUCAAGUGUUGUACAUUUCUUGAAAAAAAUUUAAGUAAUUCUUUGGAUUUGUCAUUUUUUUGAUUUUUCAAUGGGUUUCCAUAAGAAUCGGGAAACUUACGAAAUGUAUUAUUUUUAAAUUUUAUUUUUGUUGUGAUUCAGUUAAAAAUAUUUGUAGUCUUUUUGAAAAAUUUGAUAGAAAUUUAUAUUUGUCUUUUCAAGACGUGAUAACAUUUCAAAGCAUAUCUGUUUUUUUAAAACUAUUUAAUGACAUUUCACUUUCGCGAGUUUUUUACAUAAUUUUUAUUUGGUUAGUACUCCGUGGUUGCCUUUUUAGACCAAACAAAAAUGCUUGUAAAUUUAAUAGAAAGUCAUCUAAUACUAAGACGAGCUAAGUGAUAAUAAAAAAAAUUAAUGUAAUGUAGAAUUUUUGUUUAUACACAUUUUAAUCGAAACUGUGAAUAUUACUGCCUUUCAAAGUAUAUCUAUAACUAAAAGACCACUCAGAAAUUUUUGUUUGCAAUCAUUAAUCAAUAGGUACAGAUAUAAGUACAAUAAACUCCCCACUAUGUCCUACCUUCCUAAUUUCUCGCCUACAUCAGUGGCUCACCUAUCAUGCAAAGUAUGUCCUUAUUUUUAAGAUAAGUUUUGAUAUUUGUUGUUUCGUGAUCACACAUUAACUCUUAACUUUUUUUUGUGUUUACCCAUUAGAAAUUAUCUGUUGAAGAAAAAAAUAAAUAUAAAGACAUUGCUACAGAAUUAAAUUUAAAGGAAAAAAAACCAGCCGCUACACAAACAAAUAAACAGAAUAAUUGUUUGCACGAAAACUCUUCCGAUUUUUAUGAUAUGCAAAGAUACAUAACAAAGUUGUUCAAGUCAAUUUCCAAUAAAAACGGUAAGAAUAAUUUUAUUUUAAAUAAUAAAUAUUUGUGAUUAUUUUUAUUAUUAAAAUGAAAUGCGCAUAUUAAUUUAAAACAAAACAUUUUUUCCUAGUAUAGUUUUUGAUCGGGGGUUUUAUUUUUCCUCAAAUAAAUUUUAAUAUAAAAAGCAAAUAUGGACUUUUUGGAAGUUAUUUAGAUACUUGAAAAACGUCAAUUAUUAUAGUUCAUUAUUGAUUCAGGAAUUGUAAAAAAUAAUUUUUGAAUUUGCCAUAUUAUAUUAAUAACCAGUUUUAAUAAAGGUGUUUGGGUUUUGAAUUUUAACUUAAGCUCUUCAAUAAUAAUAGUAAGUUUAAAUAAAUUUUGGUGCUAAAGUUUUUAACUUCAGUUUAAUUGGUGUCCACGUGUUCUAUUGUUGUAUUUGUGGUAUGGGGAUGGUAGUUAUGUACAAUUUCACUACACAAUUAAUGCUGUACUACUCUCCUAUCAACUAUUUAAAGUGGAAUAUCUCAUCAAUUGGUUGAUAGAAAUUAAAAAUGUCAACACGUAAAUCUAAUACACUAAAACAUGUAAACAAACUAUGCAUGGAAUUUGUUUUAUGUGUCACUAUUUGAAAAACAUAAAGGAGGGGGAAAGAUUGUGUUUUUACACAUUAAAAUAAGAGCGACGAAACAACAAUAAUAUAUUACUGGUUGGUUUUUAAAUAUUUUGAAAAGCAACUUAAGAAAAAAGUUAAUGCAUCUUGAUAUGAAAGAGUUCUUAUAUUAUGUUGAUCAUACUGUAUAUAAUAGGAUGUCAUUAUAUGUCAUUUAUUAUUUAACAAACUAUACAAAUAAAAUAAGUAUGUGAGUAAAAUGUCCAUUGGAGGAAGGGGGAGUGCUAAUGAUACUUGUUUUGCAUAGAGUACAUUAAAUUAAAUUAAAUUAUAUGCAUGAUGUCUUUUAAAGGCAUGGAUUAAAAAAAAUGUCUUAGAGUAUUAACAGAACAGGAUAUUUAUCUGAAUGAGUCAAAUUAAUUAUUUUACAAUUUUAAACACCAAAUUACUUAUAGAUGUAAAAAUGCAUAAAUUAUCAAAUGAAUUGCUGUUAAUUUUAAAUGUUUGUUGUUUUAUGCAGUGUUUUUGAUAGAUCAAUUAUUUUUGUGUUUCUUUUUCUUACACAAUGUAUUAAUUUUUACUAUUUACAUUUAUAAUAUUUGUACGCCAGUGAAUGAUAACAUUAAAUAGCUGUAAUUCUUUGUAUUUCAGAACUACUAGACACAAAUUUUAUUCUGGUGCAUGUAAAUUCACAUAGUCAUAAUGGAGAACAGUACUAUUUUCCAGCCGAGAUAGCUGCUUUGCAAUUUAAUUUAAAAGAUGGUGUCAAACAUACAUAUCAUCAAAUUAUUGGUCUCUGUAAGUAUUAUCAUAUCGGUACAAACUAAAGCGAUUUAUAAUGUGUGACUUUUAUAACUGAUAUCAACUCAAAUUGGUCUUACAUACUUUAGACAGUAUAAGAUUGUUAUAAGGAAAAUCACAAAAGCCCAAUUAAUCCAUUCUGAGACAAUGACUUUCUUACAGAUUGAUCACCUUGUAUGUUUUAUAUAUUUAAAAAAAAAAUUUAGAUACUAAUUCAUUAAUAUAUUGUAGUACACUUAGAUAGGAAUACAAAACAAACCAGAGUUUAAAAUUGUCAUUAUUUAUCAAACUGACCGUGGUUUAAUAGGUAAAUGUGUGUAAAACAAUCUGGAUAAUAAUCAUUAUUUAAUAGUGACCAGUUAAAUAUUCUCCUAUAAUCCACCACUAUUGAGAUUAACUUAUUAAAUUUAAUUUCUCAACACUAAAAAUGAUCCACACGAAAAACUUUUAAAUAAAUUAUAUAUGUAAUAAAAAAUAAUUACUUUAUAUUAUAAUAAUUUUUGUAGUGUUAGAAUAUUGUAUUUAUAAGUUUGAUCCAUUAUAGGGUGGAUUUUAAACCAGUCUAUUAUUUUUGCAUUUAACUAUAUUUUUUGAGUGGUUUAUUCAGGUUCUUUUUUGAUAAUAACAACAAUAAUGUAUGUUCUGGCGCAGUUGAUAUUUAUCACAAUUUUAACAAUAAUUUGUACACAAAUAUUUCUCCUGUUUUUUAAAUAUCAAACUAUAUCAGAAACAUUUAACAAAACUAUUAAAAAAUUACAUAAAAUAAAAAUAAAAGUUUAGCCCAUGAUGCUGAAAAUUGAUUUGGAAUUGAGAUGUUGAAAACUUUGGUAAGCUUUAAAACUCGAAAACACAUAAUUAGUAAAAGAAAAAAAAAAUUUUAUUUUGAUAUUGCAUCCUUAUACCUGAAUAUUAGCCUUUCGAAAAAAAUGUAUAUUACUGAAUAAGGACCACUCUUAAUUAGUUUUGAAAAAAAAUUUUUUUGAAUUAACGUACAAAAUAAAUAGGUCACAACUUUUAUCUAUAAUAUUACAAUAUUUUGUCUACCAGAAGCGGAUGCUGAUAUAUUAAAAACCGUUAUACAUCAUAGACAUACCAAACGGAAAUUUUAUAAAUCCUCAAAAAAAAAAAAAUCAGUCGUAAUUUUCACACAUAAAUAGUUAAACGAUUGAUAAUUUUUUUUGAACUUUAGUAAAAAAACAUUUUCCAUAGACCAAAAGAAGCUAUUCAGAAAAAAUUACAUUCUAACACCUUUAAAAAGUUCAUUAAUUUAGGAGAUUUAAUUUAGAAUCAAUGGUAUUCAGUUGAUAAUUUCUGUAUAAUAAAUCAGAAUUUGGACCUCAAUUAAGUGUUGAUGUAGACAAACUUAACAAAACGUUUUUUAAAAGAUUUUUCUGAUAAUGAUUACAAAACAAUCAAUGAACGACAAAACAAAAUUACUAUGAUCUAUAAAGGUUUUAAAAUUAAUAAAUAUAGAAUAAAAAUACAAUUAAUUGAGUUUGAAUAAUUAUAACAUGUUGGUUUUUAAAAUUUAUUUUAAUUUAUAAAGAUUAUUUAUAAUUAAUGAGAAUAAUAAAAAUAAAAAACUGAUUUAUAAGGUUAGAAAAUCCUAUAUUUGAAUAUAAUUCAUUUAUCGGUGUUUUAGGUUUAAAUAUUACCUCAAAUUUAAUAAUCAUUGAAACAGAUUGUUUAUUAAAAUAAAAUUGUUAAACCUUUAAUAAUUUUUCGUAGAAGGAGACAAAAUUAAUAUCAAAUCUAAUGUGUUUUUUAAUCUAGACGAAUAGUUAAACAAAUAUUUAGGUUUUCAUCAUGAUAAGGAACAUUAUUUUAACACAAUGAAAUAUAGAAUAGUUGGAGAUUUUCCAUUAAAAUUUACAGUACCUAAUUCCAAAGAUGAGAUAUAAUAUAAAUCAAUCAAGAAUGUAAUUUUUUAUUAUUGAUCGAAAUGCACAUAUAACACCAUAUAAAUUACAUCUUGGAUUAUACUCAGUGAAAGAACUUGAAAAAAUGUUUAAUAUUUAUCUAUUUAAUUAUUUACAUGGUUUACAUUAUUUACAUUUAUAACAGUAAUACUUGAAAAAGGAUUAUUAAAAAUGUCAUCCCCCAAUAAAAUAGGUUUCGAUUUGUAUUUAUCUGAUUAUUUAGGUUUUGAAUAUAACUAUGUUGAAUCACUUAAAGGAGAAAAAUAUUCAAAAAUAUUAGGUUAUAAAUGGCCUUCUCAAAAAGAUGUUGAGAAAGGAGAAUGUUUUUUUACUUCAACUGCUGUAAGAACUUCUAACUUAAACGAAGAAAAAUAUUUAAGUAACAUAGAAGGAAAUGUAUAUUUUGAUAAUUGUUUAAUUACAAAAAUUCCUAGAUUGAAGUAUACUAUUGAUUAAAUAGAUUUUAUUUUAAAAAUGAAUCUGAAAGUUUCCGAUAAUGAUUUUAUUGAAAUUAAAAAUUAUGAAAAUAAUUUUAUGUUUGAUAAUAACCUUUGUUAUAAUCUAGGGAGUAAGUUUGUUUGUUUUUCGAAAAUUGGAAUUUAUCUAACAAGUAAAAUCCCCAACAUUACUUUAAAUUACAUUGCAAUAUAAUAGAGAAAUCUAUAUCCAAUCAUAAAGACAAUGAGAAUAUUCAUUUUGAGGAGGAUCUUUUAUUUAUUUUUAAUAAUCCACAAGACAAUUUAUUGUUAAAACCAACAAAUAUAUCAUACAUACCUAUAAGUGUGAAAGAAAUUCAAAAUAUUAAAAUAGAUAUUUUUGAUUUAAAAGGGAAUAUAUUUAAAAUACAUUUUCAGAAUUUAUUGUUUAUCUUAGUUUAAUAAACAGAUAAUGGAUUCACAUUCAGAUUUUCAAUUUAUUUCUUUAUUGAAAAUAGUAAUAACUUUUAGUAUAAUAAAUAUAUCAAAAGUGAAUAAAUGCAAAGUAGUUUUGUAUGAUUUUAAAAAAAUUAAAAAUAAAUAGAAACCAUAUUUCCUAUACCUUUAUGUUGUUUAAUUGUUGGACAUUCAGAUUCUGGUAAAACCAUGUUGUUGUGUAAUAUUAUUGCAAAACGUUGGGUUUCAUAUGGCAAUCUUUAUAUUUUUACAAAAACUAUCAAUCAAGGAGUUUAUGAGUAUAUACAAGAAAAGUUUAGUGGUAUAGAUGAAUUUGAAACAGUUUUUUUCCGAUGGAGAUAUAAUUUCUGUUGAUGAAUAUAGGCCAGAUAGUUUGGUUGUUUUUUAUAAUUGUAUGCUAGAAAACCAAAUUGUAAUUAAAGAAUAUUUUGUUAGGUCUAGACAUAAAAAUAUCUCUUGUGUUUAUUAAGCUCAAAAUUAUGUAUUAACAGAUCUACAAACCACAAGGGUGAAUUUAAAUUUCUUAAUUGUUUUUGAACAACUAGAACAGUAAAACUGUAGAAAUCCUUUUGAAUGAUUUUUUUUGUAGUAGUUUUAGGACGUUAAAAGAGUUUAAAUCAUUAUGCCAUACUUGUUGGAGGGUUCAAUAUGGUUGGAUAUAAAAAUAAAUAUUUUUAUAUAAAACUGAACUGUUGUUAUAUUGAACAUCUAGAUUGAUAUUUUUGUUGAUUGAACGUCUAGAUUGAUUUUUUUUACAAUAAAUGAAUGUUUUAAUUGUUUGUUGUGUGUAAGAAAAUAGUUUCUUUAUUAUAUAAUAAAUGAAAACUAUUAAACAAAUUCAAAAAGAUUAUAGGAACAAAGUUAAAAUCGAAAAAAAUGUUGUGAAAGUAGAAAAGAAAAUUUGUUAAAAGAUAAAGUUAAUAUAUCUGUUCCAGAAAUUGAUAAGACGAUUUAACUUGAUAAAAAAUUGAAAAAAUACAUAACAAAGAAAACGUAAUAAAAAAGAAAACGGUACAUUUUCAAGAGAAUGUGUUCCAGAAGAAAAAAAAAUUCUUAACAAAAUACCAACAGAAACAGAGAUUGAAAGAAUAAUUUGUCUUGAAAAAAAGUUCCAAACAACGUAUAGAAAUAAGACAGAAAAACAAAAGAAAUUUGAGCCUAUUACAUCCGGUUUAAAAAAUAUUGAAAAAGCUGUUAGAAAAACAGAUGAUGAUAAUACAUCAUUUUUAGUUCCUGUGAGAUCAUAUACUCAAACUUCAGAUUUUAUUGAUAAAAUAAAUUGAUCACACAAAAAAGUAUUACUAACGCUCUAACAAGAAAAUAUCAAAUCCAAAUAGAUCAUUCUUCAGUAUUUCUAGAACUUACAGUAAAAUAGUUACCAAAGACAAAUGAUAGACAAUUUGGAAUAUGGUAUAAUAGUAAUACAGGUAGAUUUAUGAUUAGAAAAAACGAGAUUAAUAUCAUUAAUAACAACAUAAUUUUAAAUAAUAAAACAUAUUAAGGUACACGGAGUUUAUGUAGAUUAUUAUCAUAUCCAGUAGCUAUUGAACCUAAUUUAUAUAAUCCUGAGGAUUUUGUUACUUAUAAAAAUAUAUUGCUUGAAACAGAUUCAACAUACCAUAUUAAUGAUAAAAAUACCAGAAGAGUCAAAUCAAGUAAAGGAGAUAAAUAAUUUAAAAUGAUUUCUCAUUUUUGAAAAUAAAUUAAUGAUAAUAAAAAAAUAGAACAUGAAGGAUCUGGUUUAAUAAAUUAUACAGAAAAUCCAAUACAAUAUAAGUAUAUCAGUAAUUUAAAUAAAUUGUUAAGAAGACUAAAUUGUAUUGCUGCAGAAGAAAUAGCUGGGAAUAAUAAUUUUCAUAACAAAAAACUAGCUGCUCUUAAUUUUGUAAAUAAAGAAAUGGAAAAUUGAAUUGAUAAUCCAAAAGGUAUUGAAUAUUUAAUUUCUUUUGUCUCAAGUUUACCAAGAAAAUUAAUUAAAGGAUCUGGACUUGUUAAUGUUUUUUUAAACAGUAAAUUUAUGCCUGAAGUUCAUUGGCCUGGUUUUAAUUAUCUCGGGCCUUUUACGAAAUCCAAGAAACCAAUAAACAAACUAGAUGAAGCCGCAAUGAAUCAUGAUUUUUACUAUGAAAAACAUAAGGAUCCUAAAUCUAGACAUAAAGCUGAUUAAAUAUUAGAAAAUAUAGCUAAAGAUAUAUAUAUAUGAAUAUCCAGAUAUAUCUUUAGGUGAAAAAUCAGCAGCAUUUGCAACUACUAAUAUAAUGAAAGUAAAAAAAAAAUUAGGAAUGGAUUAUAUUUAAAGAUUAAAAAUUAAAAUAUUUUAUGUAAUAAAUGAAUUUUAAUUUAAAUGAUGCACAAUCAAAUAAAAUAAAAUCUGCACAUAAUAAAAAAAUAGGUGUAACAAUUCAACUAUCAAGCAACUAAAUUGAAACAGGAAAACAAAAAUGUAGCUUAACUGAAACACAAAUAAAUAAAUUUAAAAAAAUCUAAGAAAGAAAAUAAAAGAACAAGAUUAGAAUUGAAAUUUGAACAAAUUAAAUAAGGAGGAUUUUUUUCCACUUCUUUUUGUUGGAAUAUGAGCUGCAAGUGCAUUAGCUGGAAGAGUAAGUACAAUUACAAAUACUAUUAUAAAAGGAAAACCUAAGACAGCAGCAGAAAAAGAACAAGAACAACAUAUUAAAAAAAUGGAAAAAAUUGUCAAUAAUGUUAAAACUUUACAAAUCGGAUAUAGAAUUAAAAAGGAGGAAAAAAUCAAAUCAAAUCGUUAACUAGUUUCGAUAUUAUAGACGCUGGUAUAAAAAUUUUCAUGGAUUUUUGUGUUGGACGAAUUACUUAAAACAAAAGUGGAAAAUUGAAUUUAAAUAAGUCUUAACGAGAAGGAUCUAAUUGGGUUGUUUGGAUUAAGCAAGAAAAUUUAAAAACUUAUUUUGAUUCUUACGUUAAUACUAAUCUUCAAAAAGAAUUAGUAAAAUAUUUAGGAGAAAAUAAUCUUAAAUUUACAUCUAAAAGAUUUCAAAACUAGAAUGAUACACUUACUUGUGGACAUUUGUUUGCUUCGAUUUUAUUAAAAAUUAUAAAAAAUAUAUCUAAAUUAGUAUCCUUUUUUUUUUCUAUAAUAAAUGGAAAAUAUUUUUAAUAAAUAUGAUAAUCAUAUUAUUCGUUCACAAUGUAAAACAUAUGAAGCAACAUCAGAAACAAAUUUUAAUAAAGAUGGUGGUGUUAUAACUUUCAAAAUAAAAGGUUCUGAUCUUUCUCAAUAUUAAACGUGGAAAAUAAUUAAAACAAGGUAAUACUGAAUAUGAGAUUAAUAGUAAUGUAUAAUUAGAUGAUAAUUUUGUACAAUUUUUAUUCUCUCAAAUUGAUGUAACAAAAAAUGGAACAUUAAUAGAUCAAAUUGAAAAUUUUGGUAGAGCAGUAUAGGCGGUAGAUUCGAAGCUGUUGGGAAUUUAUCUAAUCUAUGUUUGGGUUUCUUUAAAGAUAUUCAACAUCCAGUUUUUAAAGGAGGAAUUAAGAUAAAUUUUAAAAGAGCAGAAAAUGUAGUAUUGUACAGAUGGGCUUCUAAAACCGCAGCAAUAUCAACUGUUGGAAAAGUUAUUAUUGAGGAUUUUAAGAUAACGAUUCCACUAAUGGAAUAUCAGGAAAUGUAUAAGAUACAAUUAAUAAAUGAAUUAACAAAAUUAUCUCAAGGACAUAAUUACAGGUUAAAUUUUAAAUCUUGGCAGUGUAUGGAUGAAACAAAUUUAAUUGGUAGAAUAUUCAAGAGAAAUAUUGCAAAUAUAUAUAAAAACAUUCAUAAUCCAUUAUUUGCAAUUGUAGCUUUCCAAACGAAUGGACUAGAAACACAAUUAAAAAAAAACCUUUUAAUUUUGAUCACUGUAAUGUAAAAAAUAUUUUGCUAAAAAUUGAUGGACAUAGAUAUCCACAGGAAGAGAAAUUUUCACUUGCCUAAGAUAUGAUAUGUCAUAUAAGAAAACUUCCAUAAAACACAUCAAGAACUUCCUCUGAUGUAUCUCACAUCUAAUGAUUUUAAAAAUGCAAGACCAAUGUAUGUAUUAAAUCUUACUAGACAAUCUGAUAAUGUUAGUGGAAAUAAAAAUAAUAUUAUUUUGAACGUAGUAUUUAAUGAGGAUAUACUAAAUGGUACAAUUUGCCAUUUUUGAUUAGUUUUAAAUUCUGAAUUCACCUAUGAUACUGUUCAAAAUACAAUUAAAAAAAAACAUUUAAAAUUAUAAAAAUAUUUUUAAUAGAAAAAUUCUAUUAAGAAAGAAAAAUGAAUUUAUUAUGUUAAUAAAUAUAGACAAGGAAUUUUUAGAACCAAUACACUACAAUAAAUGUAAAAAAAAAAAAAAUAAUUUUAAACCAAUCAAGGUUCAAACAACAAACUGGGUUUGGAGAAUUUAAACAAAAUAUUUAAAAUGUAAAACUUUUGUUUAAAAGUAAAUUUAUUAAAGCUCUUGUAGAAAAAAAAAUUAAAAAAAAAGACAGAACAAGAUAAACUAAGUAUUGCAAAAGAACUUCAUAAACCAGUAAGAUCUCGAUUUCCAAAAAAGAAAAUAAAAACUCAUGGUUUUGACGAUUUAUGGGCUGCAGAUAUAAUUAUAAUGAGAAAUUAUGGUGAUUAGAAUUCAGGUUAUCUGUAUAUGUUGAAUUUGCUUGAGCUGAAUCUCUUAAAAAAAAAAAAAAAAAAAAAAAAAAAAAAAUGCUACUAAAAGUUUUGAAGAAAUAAUAAAAAGAGCUAAACUACAGAAACAUAAUUCACCAACAUUACUUCACACUGAUAUAGGAACAGAGUUUGUAAAUAAACAGUUUAAGGAAAUGUUAACAAAAUACAAUAUAAAAUUCUACCGUACACAAAACGAAGAGAAAUCUGCAAUUAUUGAACGUUUCAACGGAACUUUAAAUGGUAGAAUGAGAAUACAGGUAGUUCAGAAAAAUAAAAAAUGGGUUGAUAUUUUACAAGAUUUAUUGAACGAAUAUAAUUUCAAAGAUAUUCAUUGAACAAUUGGAAUGAUACCAUUUAAUGUAAACAAAUCUAAUGAAGUAAAAGUUUUUCUUAAAUUAUUCCUAAAUGAAAUAACUAAAUCAAAAAUUAAAUAUAAGAUUGAUGAUAGGGUUAGAAUAAAGAAGUUGAGGAAAACGUUUGAUAACAAAUUUAAUUCUAAUUGGACACGAGAAAUACUUAUUGUUACAGAGAUAAUGAACACAAAUCCAAUUACUUAUAAAAUUAAAGACUUAAAUGAUGAAACUAUUGGAGGAAGUUUCUAUAAUAAAGAAUUACGGAAAACAAAAUUUUGAAAUUUAAAUAUUUUAAAUAUUUAAAUAAAUCUAAAUUAAAUGGAACUUGAAAUAAUUUUUUUAAUAAUAAUAACAGAACAGGUAUUAAACAUCAUAUUUUUUCAUCAUCUAAUCUGCUUAUAAUCCUUAAAAAUUCCUUUUCGGCAUGAUCUUUUAAAACUAUUUUACUUAUUCUAAAAAUUAUUUUUAAAUGCUCUUUCUUUAAAUUUACUAUUGAAGUUUGUUUAUCUAAAGGAGAUAAAUUAAUAUAUUCAUCUGAACAUCAUUUAUAUUCUUUUCAAUAAUAUCAGCGCAAUAAUCCUCAUUGAUUUUUUGAAUCUAUUGUAAUCUCAUAUGUUUUACUAUAUAAAUUCUUUCUAUUUUUUAUAUAUAUUUAUCUUGUCCUUUUAAAAACAUAUAAGAAUUUUCCUUAUCUUAAUCUUUAAAUAAAAUAUAUUGGUGUUUCAAUUCUGAAGUCUUAAGAUCAAUAUUUCUAUCAGGAAGUACUUUAUCUAAUUUAUUAUUUUCAUCUUCCAAUUCUUCUUGAAUUUUACCUAAUUGGUCCUGUGUUUCAUCUAAUGUUAUUCCCAUUAAAUCAAGUUUUUUAAGAGCAAGCGCGUUUUGAGAUAAUAACUUAUUAUUUUGUUUUCUUGUUUCUUGUAUUUCUGAAAGUAAAUUAUUGUUUUGAUUUAUUAAAAUAUCUAUUAUCAUCUUUUUCAAAAAAUUUAUAAUUAAAUUGUUACGUUUUAAAAAAAAUUCAGGUGGAAUCCAAGAAGCGAAAUCUAGAAUAAGAUCUUUUGACAUGUAAGUUCUUGUUAAAAUUUUACCAGUUUUUUCAGUAUUAGAUUCUUCCUUAAACUCAAAUAAAAAGUAUAAUAAGACUUUGUUCUUUCUGAUCUAAACCAAUUUUUAUAUUGUUUAUUUCUUUGUUUACACAAUUUUGUUGCAUUAAAAAAAUCCUGUAUUUUACCUAUGAUCAAAUUAAAUUUACCGUAGUAAAAUUCAUCCUUAAUCUGUUCAAAAACAUAUAUUUUUUAAAAAAUUUAAAUUCUCUUGAUUCUCUAAAUUUAGUCUCAAGAAGAUGCAUUUGUGGCUAAAAGUUCUGAUUGGAUAAUUAACAAAGUUAUUAAUAUGAUAAUAUAUAUGUGCAAAUAUAAUCCACGUAGAGCAUCAUUUAUUAAAUUACUAAAAAAGCUAUUACCAACAUUCAAAACGAAAAUAAUAAAUGUUUUCUUUGUCAAUUCUUGCUGCAUUACAUCCAGUGGGAAAAGAUGCAGAUAGGGUUAGCAAAUAUAAAGAAUGGGAAAAUAAAUUUGACGAAGUAUUUAAAAGUUUAAAAAUUGAAUUUCCAGUUAAAUUAAGAGAUAUUCCUAAAUUUGAAAAAAAAAAAUAUGUAUUAAUGUGUUUAUUUAUGAAGAUAUUAAAAAUAUAAUACCCCUACAAAUAUGUGAUACUGAAAAAGAAACACAUUAACUUAUUUUAUCGUAACGAAAAAAAUAAAGAGCAUUAUUGUUUGAUUGAAAAUUUAUCAAGAUUAGUUGUCUCAUAAAUAAUAAGAUAUCGGUACAAUUUAUUUUUUGUAACAUAUGUUUGUCACGUUUUUUUAUUAAGGAAAAACUAACAGACCAUGAGGAAUAUUGCAGAAAUAAUUAUUGCGUUAAAAAAAUAUUACCGAACAUAUCUGAUCGUAUUCUUCAAUUUGAAAAAUACAAUCAAUCUUAUAAAGUUCCUUUUGUCAUUUAUGUAGAUUUCAAAAGUAUGCCACCCAAAAUUGAUACAUGUCAACCUUCUGAUACAACUUCUUAUACAAGAACUUAUCAGAAACAUUUACCUAUUAGUUUUUGUUAUAAUGUUAAAAACAUUAAUAGUAGUUAAAGUAAUCUAGUAACAUAUUCCAGAGAAAAUGAAGUAAAAGUUGUUUAUAAAAAGAUAACAAAGGAAGCCAUUUAUAUUGCAGAUAAUUAUUUAGAUGUAGAAAAACCUAUGGUAAUAACCAAAAAUCUUGAAAAAGAAAUUACUGUCAUAUAUGUGAAAAAUCGUUGAGUGAUUUAUCACCUAUACUUGAGAAGAAACAGGGAAUACUUGAUGACGCUAUUUAUUAUUGUGAUUAUUAUCUGGACUAUUGGCAAUCUAAAAUGUUUGACCAAUUGGUAUCUAAAAGGAGAACCAAUAGUUGGGGAUAAGAAUGAAAAAGAAGAUUUAGAUUUAGAUUUAGAAGAUUUAGAAAAAAAAUUUGAGUUUUUUAAUAAGCAGAUUGAGAAAUUAAUGGAAGAAAGAAAGAUGUUCCUUGAAGCUCUUGAAGAUAAUAUGAAAAAAGUUAGAGAUCAUGAUCACUUAACCGGAAAAUACCAAAGAGCUGCUCGUUCUAUAUGUAAUUUAAAUUAUAAGGUUCAUAGAUUUUUUCUAGUAUUUUUCCACAAUCGAUCUGGUUAUGACACUCAUUUACUCAUAAUUAUUUAGCAUAUCAAUAUGAAUAUAUGGAUUCUCCAGAAAAAAAAUAUGAUGAAGAAUCUCUACCUAAUAUAGAUAAAUUUUACAGAUGAUAUGUAUUUAAUUUUUGAACAAGGAAUAAGAGGAGGUUUAUCUCAAUGUAGUAUUAGAUAUUCUUAAGUGAAUAAUAAAUAUAUUAGAGAAAAAAAAGAACAAACAUUAACGAAAUAUCUCUUAGAUUUGGAUGCAAAUAUUUUCUAUGUAUGGGCAAUGUGUAAAUAUUUACCAUAUAAAGGAUUUAAAUGGUAUAAUCCUGAUUGGUUUAAUACAGAAAAAAUUUUAAGAAUGAAAGAUGACCAGGAAAAGGGUUAUAUUUUCGAAGUAGAUUUGAAAUAUCCUGAAGAGUUUCACGAGCUUCAUUCAGAUUAUCCAUUGCCUCUUGAAAAUGUAUUUGAUUAUAAAAAAAUUACCAAAAUUAACAACUCUAUAUGAUAAGAGAAAAUAUAUUCUACAUUGUAUUAAAUUUUAGGUUUAAAAUUAGUGAAAAUCCAUAGGGUAAUAAAAUUUUACCAUUAUUUCAUUAAUAGUCAAAUAAUGACUGGAUUUGUUGGGUUAAGAUCUAAAUCAUAUAGAUUUAAAGUAAUUGAAAAUAAAAAUGAAAUUAAAAAAGCAAAAGGUGUGAAAAAACCCAUAGUUAAAAAUGAAUUAUGUUUUAAUGAUUUUUAUAAUUGUUUAAAAAAUAAAAAUCCAAAAUAUGUAAAACAGAACAUUUUUAGAACAGAUAAACAUAAAAUAUAUACCGUUGAACAAAACAAAAAAGCUCUUAGUGUAUAUGAUGAUAAAAGAUAUAUUCUAGAAAAUGGUGAUGAUACUGUAUCAUGGGAACAUUUUUCAACAAAAAUAGAAAGUGAAACCAGGAGCAACAUUAUUUUUUAACGAAUCAAUUUUAAGAAUUAUUUCAUCUGAUGUAACAGAUAUGAAUGAUGAUGAUGAUGAACUGAUGAGAUAAAUAGACGAGUUUAAAUGAGAAUUUUUAUUUUCUCUUUCAAUUUCUAUAUUAGGUAUUUUAGAAGCAAAAUCAUUAACUAUAUUUACAAAAUUUUAAUUAAGUAAUUACAAUCAAUUCCAGUAGGAAUUUUUUCUUAUUAAUUUUUAGAUAUUUCCGAAAUAAUUCUUUCGAAUUAUUUUUAUUAAUAAUAUUAAUUUAAUUUUAUAAAAUAAUUUCCGCGCAGUAUAUUAAUAUAAUGUUAAAUUUUUAUUUGUAAAAUAAAAAAUCAUUUAAUAAUUUUGAAGAAUUAUUUUUUUUUCCUAAAUAAUUUAUUACGGUUUGUGAUUAUUCCUUUGUUAAUCCAAGGAUUUAAAGAUUUUUUUUAAACUUAGUAGUCUUAGAGUGGUCAUCGCAAUUCAAUACUAACAAAUAUUCGAAAAAAAUUACUAUAAUAUAUUUGUCCAUCGUAAUUUUCAUCAAUCAUUUUUUGCCAAAAAUUGUUGUGAGAGAAACCGCUCUGCAUUAUCUCAGGUAAUUUUUCAUGGUUUAGCAUCAAUUAACUAUUAUAUGAAUUGCAUACGUACAACUAUUUAUGUGUGAAAAUUACGACUGAUUUUUUUUUUUGAGGAUUUAUAAAAUUUCCGUUUGGUAUGUCUAUGAUGUAUAACGGUUUUUAAUAUAUCAGCAUCCGCUUCUGGUAGACAAAAUAUUGUAAUAUUAUAGAUAAAAGUUGUGACCUAUUUAUUUUGUACGUUAAUUCAAAAAAUUUUUUUCAAAACUAAUUAAGAGUGGUCCUUAUUCAGUAAUAUACAUUUUUUUCGAAAGGCUAAUAUUCAGGUAUAAGGAUGCAAUAUCAAAAUAAAAUUUUUUUUUUCUUUUACUAAUUAUGUGUUUUCGAGUUUUAAAGCUUACCAAAGUUUUCAACAUCUCAAUUCCAAAUCAAUUUUCAGCAUCAUGGGCUAAACUUUUAUUUUUAUUUUAUGUAAUUUUUUAAUAGUUUUGUUAAAUGUUUCUGGUACAGUUUGAUAUUUAAAAAACAGGAGAAAAAUUUGUGUACAAAUUAUUGUUAAAAUUGUGAUAAAUAUCAACUGCGCCAGAACAUACAUUAUUUUAUUAUUUAUAAUUCUCAUCCCUGUGACUGUGACAUAAUUAACAAGUUAAAUUUGUCCAACUUUCAUUCAUAAUUAUUUUAUUUAUUUUUCAGCCAAAAUUUAUCCUAGAGGUUUUGCUGGUGGUUUGAGAGAAUAUGCAGAUAAAUUUCACCAAAUAAAUUGUUGGGAAAAUUUCCCCGAUGAUUAUAAACAAAUAUUAUUGGAGUUUAUAAAGUUUAUUGAAGUAAUUAUCAUAUCAUCUGUAGAUUUUUCAAUUUAUUUAUCAGUUAACAAUAAUACCUAUUUUUAGAAAGUAAAAGAUAGUGAAGAUACAUCUGAAGACUUACCAUACAUCUACACUAUAGAAACAGAAAUUGGUAAUGAUAUGAUGAAAACUAAAGCAAGUCUAGGCAAUCUUCACAAAACAGUCUAUAAGGAAAUUCCUGGUAAUGAUAUGAUAUUACAAAAUGACUUCUUGCAUAUGUUGGUAUUCUGCUGGUAGGAAUCUAAAAUAUGGGCAAGAUGAAGUUAAUAUUCAUGAAAGUAUCAAUUUUUCACAAUUUUAGAUUCUGAGCGAAUAAACAUAUUAAUUUUACAACAAUGUUAAUUUUUUUUUGUCUAUCCAAACGACUUCUAUACCAGCAGUCUUAAUAUAAUUUAUUAGAUGUAGUAGAUUUUCUGAAAAAAAAAGACUGUCUGAUUGGUACUUUACAGAAGUUAUUUUACUUAAUUUAUAAUUAUACUGUCUUUAGAUUUAUUUUUACUUUAAUGUUCAAAUAUUAAAUUAUUUAAAUUCAAUUAAAAUGUAAAUCGUGAUAUUUUGUACAGAAACUACCCAAAUUACUAAACGAGUAUUUAAAAUAGGAAGUCUUAACCGAUUAUUUAAUGAAUUAAUGAACAAAAUGGAAAUUAAGAUACCGGUUACAUUUUCCAAGACAGCUCAUGAUAUUUUAGAAAGUGACAUGUACGGAAGUGGACUGGGUUGUAUGGUAUGUAUUGCAUACUACAUGUAGAUAAUUAAUUACUAUUAAUUAUAUGGACUGUACUCAAACAAAAUUAUAUAGCAAUUAUAAUUUAUCUUUUAUUUUUUAUUUAUAUGUUACAACUAAAAUGAAAUUGCAUUAUUUUAUUAUUUUUAAAUACUAUAUUAAAUAUAGAUUUCCUCAAAUUUUUUCUUAAAAUAUUUUUAAAAUAUGUGUUCACUAUUAUAUUAUUAUGCUUUAUUAAUUUUUAUUAUUAAAUUUUUCAAUAUUUAGAUAGAUAUAAUUGACAAUUAACACGGAAAUAUUCAUAUUUAUUUACUUGAUAUGAAACAUUUUUUCACAAUAAUUAUUGCAUUGCGAAAUUUUUAAAACUAAUUAUAACCUAAUAAAUAUCUGAAAUCAAAUGUACAAAUUUUAAUUACUAUUAUAUAAUAAUUGAGAUUAAAAUUAUAAUUAGAUAAUUAUUUCUUAGUCCAUUACUAUAUUCUAUUUAUUUUAUAAUAUUUUUGGUAUUAAGUAUCAUGAAGUGAGAGAUGUUGCAUACAAGUGUUCCAAGGCUCGCAUUAUUCAAUGGAUGUCCAAUAUGUGCAUGUUCAUACAUAAAUAUUCUGGUUUACAUAUUAAACCCGGGAAACACAUGGCAAUUCAAUUAAAAAACGGAUCAAAGAUGGUAUACCUAUUUUUGUUGUUUAUUUGUAUUUAUUAUUUAUAUGUGACUAUUUGAUUUAUUUCUUCCGUAUUCUUUUGUUUUUAGAUGAUUGAAAAUGAGGAUGUACCUUUAUCUAAAUUUAAUUUAAAACAUGAAAUUGCAAAAAAUUGUACAUCUUCAGGCAACUAAUAAUCAUUUUUCAUAAAUGAAGCAAACUUCUUCUAAACUACAAGUAAUGAUAAACUAAUUUUAUGAAAGUUGAUUCCCCAAAACUGUGUGGUGUACCUCUUUCUGAUGGUAGGAUAUAAAGAAAAAAGUUUCUAUAUUAGUUUAUAUAAAGCAGUAGUAAAUUUCUGAAGUUAAGAUGAACUUCUUGUAAAAUUUGAAUUGAGCAAAAAAUAGUACUGAUAGACAGCUAAUGAAAUUUAAUGCUUCUACUUUUAUAAAUAAAACAUUUUAAUAACAUCCUUCCAAAUACAUAGAAAGGAUAUCAAAUAGAAAUUUUUAGAAAUCAAAAGAGUGCAAAAGUCAAAUUCAUCAGAACACAAUGUAAAUAUAAAUUUUUUUUUAGAAUUUAUAUCACUUCAAUAGAUCAAUUAGUACAUUUGAUUGAAAACAUGUACCUAACAUGUCUAAAUCCAGUCCAAUUAACAUUGGUUUUGAAUUUUUUUAUUUAUAAUUUUAAAAUUAUUAUUGUUGAUUUGAGAAGUACUCAGUCUCUCUUAUAUAUAUCGCUUUUAAAAUGUUUUACAAAUUACAGUAGAACUUGGUGUAUCUGAAUUAACAGCGAUCACACCCAUUCAAAGUUUGGGCACUGAGUAUUUUUAGAAGGGUUUUAUAAUAUGAAUUAAUUUUAUCGUUUUCAUCUGUUUCCAAUUUAGUAAGAAUUUCCAUUUUUUGUUUUAUUUUAAGAACAUUAAAUUAAUAUUUAUUAGAUGUUGAAGUUGAUCUCAUUUUAAAUAUAUAUGUAUACAAAUAUGCAGAUAACAAUAAUAAUAUUCAGGUAACAGAUUACUUGAAUGCAUCUAUUGAUGCAUAUUAAGUUAAUAAAGGGUUCCUAUAGCAAAGGUUCAGACUCAACAUUACUAUGUUCUAAUAAUCUAAUAACAAAUGAUUUAAUACAUUUUAAAAAUACUCUCUCUGACUAUGAUGGUAAAUGUAAUUCAACACCUGACAACAAUUAAAGGACUUGUUAUUUAUCAACAAACAUCUUAAAGAAUACUUAAUUAUGACAAAACAUUUUUCUAAUAUUUAAUUUUAAAUAAAAUGGAAUGAUAUUAAUGUGUCAUAAAAUAAGGAAUAUUAGCUGUGGGUAAUCAAUACACC